AGCUGGUUUUUGUGCACAUCUCCACAACGCCACUAUGAGGACUACAGCUGCUCUAUGUGCUGCUUUUUGCAUUUACUACCAAAUACUUUUUGUUGGUGGGAAUGAACACAAAGAUGGGAGUGACAGCAAGCAAUUCAGAAGGACAGUGAGGGAAGUUGGUGCCCCAGCAGCUGUGGACUGCAAAAUGAGCCCCUGGUCCGAGUGGAGCCCCUGUGACCCCUGUUCCAAACUCAUGUACCGCUCCAGGAGCGUGGAGGCCUUUGGACAAUUCAAAGGCCUCGUGUGCAACCAGCCCCUGGGCGAUCGCAGGGCCUGCCAGCCAGAUCGUGUUUGUGAAGAGCAGAUAAGACCCCAGUGCUCUAACACGGAGUUCCAGUGUGAAUCAGGCAACUGCAUUAAGAAAAGACUGCAGUGCAAUGGAGACAAUGACUGUGGGGACUUCUCUGACGAGGAUAUCUGCGAGGAUGUGAAGCGCACACCCUGUGGGAAACAUGAGCUUGAGCUGUCCGAGCUGGGUAGGACAGCUGGAUAUGGCAUCAACAUCUUGGGUUCAGACCCCAGAAGCAAUGCCUUCAACAAUGAAUUCUUUAAUGGACUGUGCAACCGCGUACGGGACACCAACACUUUGGAAUAUCACCGCAUCCCCUGGAAUGUGGCAACUCUCAACUAUGCAACUCUUGCUGAUGAAUCCUUCUCAAAGGAGCUUUAUGAUGACUCCAGUACUCUGCUGAAAGAAGUCUUGCAGGAAACAAAAGAAUCUCUCAGUUUGGGUUUUUCUUUCAAAUUCACUACAACUGAAGAGGUGACAAACGAUGCAACUCCCAGCAAUUUUAAUCUGAAGUUUGGAAAACAAAAAACUGAAAAUAUCAAAAAACUGACGGAAUACUCAUCUGUGAAGCAUAAGACCUUCAUGAGAGUUAAAGGGAAGGUUCAGCUGAGCACUUUCAGAAUGAGGUCCAGAGAUCUGAUGUUGACCGAAACCUUCCAGAAUGAUGUGGCACAUUUGCCUGUGGAAUAUAUGAAAGGGGAAUACUUCAGAUUCCUGGAGGAUUAUGGAACACACUAUGCCAUAUCUGGAAGAUCAGGAGGCGAAUAUGAACUUGUUUACGUUAUAAACAAAGAGACAAUGACUAAAAAAGAAAUAACAGAGCAGAAAAUCCAUAGUUGCCUUAACCUUGAUGCCAGCAUAAACAUCCAAGAGGAAGGUGACACUUCUGUGUUAGAGGGGGAUAUAAAGAAGGAAGGUUGUGAAGACGUCAGCGUUAAUGAGAAUGAAACUGGAGAUAAAAAAGCACUCAUCGACAAAGUGGUGACGUCUGUCAGUGGAGGCACAGCAGCAACAGCUGCUGCCCUGAAGAUGAAGAUUGAGAAGAGUGGGGUACUUGAUGUGGGAGCCUAUGUUGAGUGGGCCAAGUCGCUGAUUAAUGCUCCUGUGCUGUUGCACAGUCAACCUGAGGCCAUACACUCCCUCAUCCCUCUGAACAUGCCCCAUGGCAAUGCCAAGAAAGAGAACCUGGAGAGAGCUACAAAAGACUAUAUUGCCGAGUACAGUGUCUGCAAGUGUCAGCCCUGCCAAAACGGGGGGACAGUCACCUUGGUGGACGGCCAGUGCCUGUGUCUCUGUCCGCCCCAGUUUGAGGGCCUGGCAUGCCAGACGCUCAAGACUGACCUUCUGCGGGAUGUCAAUAUCAUCCAAGAGGGAAACUGGAAUUGCUGGUCUCCCUGGUCUACCUGCAGUGGAAGUCGACGAUCUCGAACCCGCACCUGUAACACAAAUGGCCUCACUGGUGCCUCCUGUAAAGGGGAGACAGAGAGCACUGAUUAUUGCUAAUCAGUAAGGCCUUUCAUGCUCACUUAAAUAAGAAAAAACUAAGGAUUUUUUCUGAUGCAGCAAGUAGUAGUUCAUAUAUGAAUUAGGUGUAUAAAUUAGUUGGAACCAGUUUUAACUGUUUGUUUUUGUAUUACAUGUAAAAAAAAAAAA